GGCCACGCCUGCCGAGACCUCGCACCGCGGCUCCAGCGUGCGGGCGCGCAGGAGGAGCAGGGAAGGGAGCCGGGGCUGUGGCUAUGGAGAGGGGGAAAGUGAAAAGAGAGAAGGGAAAGGAGCCGGAGAAAGAGAAAACUCGGGGAAAAGGAAAGGAGGAGAAAGAUAAAAAGAAGGAAGUGGAGAAGGAGAAAAUUAAGGAAAAAGAAAAGGGGAAGGAGAAGAAAACUAAGAGUAAAGAGGAGGAAAACAGGAAAGAGCAAGAGACGGACAAAGAGAAGGAACAGUUUAAGGAAAAAGAAGAGAAAGAGAAGGACAACGACAGCACAUUGACAAAGCCCCCGCUGGAGCCGCCGGAGAAAAAUAAGCAGAUCCUAGUGUUGGGCCUGGAUGGAGCAGGAAAGACCAGUGUUCUUCACUCUCUAGCUUUAAACAGAGUCCAGCACAGCAUGGCACCCACCCAAGGUUUCAAUGCGGUGUGCAUCAGUACUGAAGACAGCCAAAUGGAGUUCCUGGAGAUUGGCGGCAGCGAACCUUUCCGUUCCUAUUGGGAAAUGUACCUGUCCAAGGGGUUGCUGCUGAUCUUUGUGGUGGAUUCAGCAGAUCACAACAGACUACCUGAAGCCAAGAAACACCUUCAUCAACUAAUUGAAACAAACCCAAUCCUUCCUCUGGUUGUGUUUGCAAACAAACAGACUUCUGGUCCAGCAUGUAAGUAGCUUGGAAGCCACCAUUUCAUCCUAACAAGUAAAAAGCUGAAUAGACUGAACAAUCAACAUUGGAGAGACCAACAGGAGAAUACAGAGAAUAACAAUUUACCAGAGCAGAGACCCAUAACAGGAAACUGCCCGUGGGAAGCAAUGCCAGAGUAUAAACACCAGGACUGUAAGUGAUGAAUUGUUGGAUGAUCAAAGUUGAUUACUCUGAAGGUUAAAAACUCCAGGGGAUUGGGAGGGUAUAGCUCAGUGCACAAGAUCUUGGGUUCAGUCCUCAGUACCUCCAUUAAAAAAAGAGAAAAAAUUCAAGGUAACCUGGUCAUAAGUGGGUCCCAAAUUUUGUGAGAUUUACCUCUAGGAUCUCAACCAGAUACCUGCAAUAAAUAUUAGAGGAAAAUCCCCUGGUGCUUCCAAGGGAGAAGGAAAAAAAAUUUUUUUAAAUACAUCAGAUCACUCUGUCCUUAACAAGGUCUGCCCUCAGAGAAAACUAGUUAACCAGAACCUAGCCUGCUGGGAUAUUACCAGAGCCUAACUGACCUGGCGGAAGGGAAAUAGCCAACUCCAGCCCACUCUAGCCAUCCUGUCCCACCUAAAGGUGGAGAAAACUAAGACAGAAGUGUGAAAUUUGCAGUCCAGAGGCACAGAGUCACUAAAAGACUGAGACAUAAUCUUAGGACUAUAGAGCACUCCCCUCCUGCCACACCUCACCACCGCAUUACUAAAGGUUUGUUAUACAGCAGUUCUUUUUCACUGUACAUCAUGCCUGGCUAUCAAGAAAAAUUACAAGACAUACUAAAAGGCAAAAAACACAAACGAGAUAGAGCAAGCACUGUACAGAAAUGAAGAAUGUGUUUGAUGGGCUUAUUAAUACAGCUGAGGAAAAAAAUAUCUGAGCUUGAGGUUAUCUCAAUAGAAACCUCCAAAACUGAAAAUCAAAGAGAACAAAGGUUCUGGAAAAAACAGAACAGAAUAUCCAAGGACUGUGGGACAACUACAAAAGUUGCAAUAUGUGUGUAAUGGGAAACCAGAAAGAGAGGAAAGAAAGGAACAGAAUAAAUAUUUGAAACAAUAAUGACUGAGCAUUUCUCCAAAUUAAUGUCAGACACCAAACCACAGACCCCAGAAGCUCAGAAAACACCAAACAGGAUAAAUGCC